UGUGUUCUGAGACACCGAGUGUAGUGCUCGGAGAAUUCAUUUUCUUCUCCUUGUACUGUGUGAGUCAUUCAACGUACCAACCGUAAAGGAAGUAGAGCUUACUACAGCUCCUUUCCACAAAACUUCAUAGCGAUAUCAAAUAUCUGACAUUUUGCUUCUCAACAAGGCGCCAAGAAACAUUUGGAACAACAUGUAAGAACUUUGCACAUAUUUCACCACAUCAGUCAGAAAACUCAUGCACACGCUGAAUAUCCUGGGUGCCUUGGAUGGAAUAAAAAUAAGGCAGCAUGGCCACCUUCGAGGUUACGGUGCGUGACUUCCCUGACCUUAAAGACCGGACGCGCAUUCUCCUGAAGCAGAGACCCCCCGAAGGUUCACAGUGCUUGCGCUGCGGCGACCUCGCGGGACUGGCAUGGCACGCCGUGUGCGGUCACUGCUUUUGCAACGAUUGCAAGGACAUCUUGACCAGGGCUCAUGUGCUCACUUGUCCCGUACACUUCGUGCAGACGCCCAGAAAUAUGCUCAAGCGGACGGACCAAGGUCUGCAGGAGACAAAGGAGUGUGCAGCGGCCUGUGCGUGGAGUGGUUGCACAGAAUCAGGAAGCCUGCAAUACAUAUUGAAACACUGUGAAAGUUGCCCUAAAAAGCCCCGAAUUCGGCGCAACUACUCCUGGCAAUGCUUUGAAGACGAAUUAGAGGACAACCGGCACUGUGGACUGGUGAAGAUCAUCAAGCCGCUUUCUCCUUCAUCGCCUAAGAUUGAGAUGUCACAUCCUCUGGAAUUUCCUGCGGUCCAGCAAUGCCCAGCCUUAUAGCACUGACCUCAAUUCGUACUGUACCUUUCUCGCGUGCGCAAUUAUAUGUCAUCACUGCUUUUUCACCAUGCCGGUACGUCAGGAUAACUCUUGUGCAAGUUGCUGAGACAACUUUCAUGUAUGUUGUCACGCUGCUCUAGAAGCCCAGGUGGGUUUUAUUGAAGAUACUGCAGCAGGAAUAUUUCCAAAUGCAUCGCUUGGGCGGGCUUUCCGCAGGGGAACAACGCGAGCACUUCUUCCGUGGUUUGUGCUUCUGCAUAUUGCAUGUCACCCAAUACUACACGUCUUAAUAUACAAACUUAUGUGUCACAUAGAAUAGGCCCGUUUUCCUACACUUCCUCUUUGGCAGAUCUUGGACCAUGUUCGCUUUCAACUGACGCCGCCAACGGUUCACGAAAAUUGCUCACCCGGCGACUCAAAGCCCCGAAAAAUGGUCAUCUGUUUACAAUGCCGCACUUUACAGUUCAGUGCACAAUAUGCCAAUAUUGUGACAAUUUGUACCAAGAUGACCAGAAUCACUGUCUGUCAUUAGAGUCAGCCUCAGGGUGUCCAAGUGUGGCUAGUUUGCGCAUACUCGGUUGAUUUGUUUCUUUUACCUACUUUCUUUCCGGCGUCGUGAAAAGGCACGUUGACUAUUUUUUCGGCAACGUUUGCUGGAUUAUGUACAUCUAGUGACCUCGAGUUCACUAUCAAUUGAGUAUCUACUAUCAAACGUGGUGGCAAUGGUGUGGUUUUAGUUUGGGAAAUUGAAUUUAACACUUUCAUGACACAAAA